AAACAAAAUCUCAUCUCCCUUAUCUCCAACUCCUUCCCUCUCUCUUGGAUUCUGCACCAAUCGCUUCUCCCUUCUUGCAUCCUCCACAGGUUCUAGCUUACUUAACUUGUGUUUACUACCUCACCUACAUUUUCCUCCACUGUUUCUCUGACUCUCAUUAUCUCCUUUUGUCUAGAUUUUUCCAGAUUUUUUUCUCUCUUGCCCCAUUAUUGUACUCCUCUACUCACAAAAACCUUGUUUUCUCUUUGAAAGUUCAGGUGUUUUCUCUGGAAAUAAAAAAAAAAAAGAAAACUUUUUUAGACCCAGAUCUUGUUUACUUCUUGGCUUCACUUUUUCAUUAUUUUCAUAAGGUUUCAGACUAAGGGUAUCUCCUGAAUUUCUGAAACAAAGGGAUAUAUAUUGGUUAAAAGUUGAAACUACUAGUGAAAAAUAUUGAAAGGGGGUUGAAUAGAGUUCCCAGAUCAAAUAAAGAUGAAAAUCCAGUGUGAUGUUUGUGAAAGAGCUCCAGCAACAGUGAUCUGUUGUGCAGACGAGGCUGCACUUUGUGCAAAAUGCGAUGUUGAAGUUCAUGCAGCUAACAAGCUUGCAAGCAAGCACCAAAGGCUCCUCCUUCAGUGCCUUUCAAACAAGGUUCCUCCUUGUGACAUAUGCCAGGAAAAAGCAGCUUUCAUUUUUUGUGUUGAAGAUAGAGCCCUUUUUUGCCAGGAUUGUGAUGAACCUAUCCAUUCAGCUGGUAGCCUUUCUGCAAAUCAUCAAAGGUUCCUAGCCACAGGAAUCCGUGUUGCCUUAAGUUCUAGUUGCAAUAAGAACACUGAAAAGAGUGGGUUGGAGCCGCCCAACAAGAGUGCACCUCAGACUUCAAUGAAAAUGCCUGCACAGCAACAGUCAAACUUCACAUCUUCAUGGGCUGUUGAUGACCUGCUACAAUUUUCAGAUAUUGAAUCUCCUGAAAAGCAGAAAGAGCAACUUGAGCUUGGAGAGCUUGAAUGGCUAGCAGACAUCGGUCUUUUUGGUGAGCAAUUGCCUCAGGAGGCUUUAGCAGCAGCUGAAGUUCCUCAACUUCCAAUACCACAGUCAGCAAAUUUCAACUCAUGCAGACCCACCAGAUAUUCCAUGCCCCUUAAGAAGCCUAGAAUUGAAAUCCCAGAAGAUGAUGAUGAUGAGUUCUUCACAGUCCCUGAUCUAGGCUGAGCAUGGGUGUAAUUAGACUUAUUUGUCGAUAGGUUGAUCAACUACGUGUUUAUACUUUCAUAUUUAAGUAUACUUAAGCGCCUACACUCACAUUGCAUUAGUUUUGAGCUGGUAGAAUGAUCAUGAGAAUACUCAAAUAUAUAUUUUCUUCAAUGGAUGUUUGAAUUGCUUGUUCCAAGAUGGUGAAUACAUCACCCCAUGCUUUAGGACAUCCUAUUCACUGUAUCCAGUACAACUCCUUUCAUGUUGUGCUGCCAAUGAAUCGCAUCUCGUAUCUAGGAUCUGUCUCGGAUAA